CGAGUCGAUUUGCUCAUCGGCUACGUUUACAUUUAAUAUGUUGAAUUUAUAACAAUAAUAUCGUAUAAUCCGCUUUGGACAACGAGCUACCGAACGUGGCAGCAGAUCACUCGCAUUCCGUGACAAUAAAAUGCAUUUGUUCAAUCUCAAGAUUAUCAAGAAGCAAUACUUAGCGCUCGGGAUGUUGAUUUUCGUAGUAUUAUUUUUGUUUAAUUCUAAACCCGCGUUCCAGUGCCAGUUAACCCCGGAAACAGCGGCCUACUUGCCGACAAUAUACGGGAUUACGCCAACGUACGCAAGAUUGGCGCAGAAGGCUGACCUGACAAGGUUAUCUCAAACUCUGAUGCUAGUGAAGAAUUUUCAUUGGAUCGUCAUAGAGGACUCUGAUACAAAGACUAAGCUAGUGGAAAACUUGCUCAAGGAAUCAAACUUAAAAUAUACACAUCUCAAUGUGAAGACUGAAAAACCUAAAGGAUCUUCGAACCAUGGUAAUGGCAGUACGGUUAUGAAUGCCAAUUUAUGUUUAUUGAAGAAUAAAAGGUUCAACACAACUUUGUUAUGCGCAAGUGGCGUGGAGCAGCGGAAUAAGGCUUUAGAUUGGCUGCGGGCGCACCUGAAGUCUCCAGAAGGGACCUCGGGCGUCGUCUUCUUCAUGGAUGACGACAACACAUACUCUCUGAAGGUCUUCGAUGAGAUGCGAAAAAUCAAGAAAGUAGGUGUCUGGCCGGUGGGCAUAGUCGGGGGCAUGCGUGUUGAGAUGCCCCUGGUGACGGACGGCAAGGUGUCCGGUUACAACGCCGUGUGGAAACCGUACCGGCCGUUCCCCAUCGAUAUGGCAGGUUUUGCCGUCAACGCGACGCUUUUCCUGGACUUUCCUGAGGCGAAGUUUUCCAGGAAAGUGCAGUCUGGUUUCCAGGAGAGUGAAAUACUUAAAUACGUCGUAACCCAACAGGAGCUGGAGCCUCUAGCCGACAACUGCACCAAGGUAUAUGUAUGGCACACACGUACCCAGAAACCCGCCAUACUCAACCCGAAAAAACUCAAAAAACCCCUGGUCCCUGACGACCAUAUCGAGGUUUGAAAUGUUACCGGUAAUCAUCAUAUCGGUUGUACGCUGAGCGUUGAACGCUUGUUUCAGAAUCCCGAGGGAUUUCGACUAAUUUUUAAAAUGAGCUGUGCUCCUUCCAUAUAUGAAAACAUUUCUUGAUAAAAACAAUGUACGUAUCAAAUUCAGUAUAAUACUAGCCAAAUAUCGACUACAACCCUACCAAUUAGCAGUUAUUAUCACUAAAGCGAUCUCAAUUCACAAUUUUUAAAUUUAGGCAGGCAGUCUCAUGCACUACUAAUUUAAAUGUCGGGAGGUAAAUGAGUCAUUUAUGA